AUGGAGUCGGACAAGGAGAAGCUAAGCACCUUCGCCAGUGACACGCAGCAGUUCCUGGAGCGGCACAACAGGUCUUUCGACCAAGUUCAGGUCACAGCCAUCAAAGAAACAAUCCAAAAAGAGAUUGCGAGCCUGGGGAGCACAAAUUCCUCGGAGGCGCGACGCGCCGCAGAGAUUCUUGGUGACAAGUGUGAAGACAAGAACUUCGACAGCUUGUAUAGGAAUGCCCUGCUGGAAGCAGGUGGCGUACAGCUGGCGGCGAAACUGCUCAGUGGCAAAGAGCCACAGGAGAUGGCCUCGCGGCUUCUCUUGAACCUCGUGAAAGCGGAUGAGAGUGCCAAACAGGCACUGCUCGAGGAGCCUUGUGCCAUUCAAUCUCUGGCAGAGGUUCUCAAGAAAGGCAACAGCAAUGCCCAGUCGUAUUCUGCUGCCAUCCUCCGAAAUGUGUCCGACGGCUCAGAAGCUCGCAGCAAGACGGUGGCCCAGCAAGAAGGUGUUGUUAAGGGGCUCAUCGGCCUCGUGACAGCCGUUAUCAACGACGCGGUGUCUCAGCGCCGAGCUACCGAAGCGCUGGCGAAUCUGGCAAGGUACAGCGGCAUCCAAGUGGGGAAGGAUGCCCUUAGCAAGCUGGUGCAGCUGCGGGCGUCUCGCGACGAGGAUCUGGUAGAAGCAGCAGCGGAGGCUUUGGAAAACUUGGGGAGCCACGCCGCUAACCUGGACGCCGUCAAGCAGGUGAACGAGGUUUAUGCCAAUGUGCAAAAGCUGAAGAGUGACAUGGCAUCGGAUGCUAGAGCAGCUGCAGAGGCGCUUCUCAACGCUUGUGAAGACGAAGAUGACGACGUCCUUGAACGCCUCGUGAUCAAACUGGGUGGCAUGGCUCCGGUCAUGAAGCUGCUGGAUGGGGCGGCGCAAGAACAUGCUGCAGGGCUUCUGAAGCUGCUCGUGAAUGUCGGCGACAGUGCCGUGCGGACACUGGUCGAGCAUCCCAGCGCCAUCCCUUCCUUGGUCAGGAUUCUCAAGAACGGCAGCGCCCCGGCCCAGGCUGACGCCGCGGGUGUGUUUCGCAACGCCUCCCACUCGGAAGCUUGUAGCAAGGCCAUGGCGGAGAAGGGCGCCAUCGAAGGGCUCGUGGACUUGUUGAGAUCACAGGGCCCGACCCGACAACGCAGAGCGGCCGGCGCCCUCGCAAACUUGGCGUCCCACAGCGAGGAGCUUCGGGCUGCCGUUGGGAAGGCCGGUGCCAUUGGCCCUUUGCUAGAGCUGAAAGCGUCGGAUCACGACGUGGCGGAAGCCGCUGCAGACGCCUUGGACAACUUGGGGUUGAACGAUGCGAACAAAGAGGAGAUCAAGGCCAGCGAGAAGACGGCACCAGCUGCACAGCCAGAGGCAGACAGUAAUGUUCGGCCUGCAUAUGCAGAAGCGCCCAAGAAGGUGGCAGAACAAGUGCAGGAGCCUGCAAAAGAGCAGAUGACCUCAGAAGCCUCUGCCAAGGAGGUGGGCUAUCCGAGCCCCGCGCCUUGCCCGAGCGUUGGCCUCCCCGACGGUGCGGGUGCGAGGCUGGCAAUGUUUUCCUUGCGCUUCGACAAUGGGCCUAUCGAGGCAAAGUUUCGCAGAAUACACCAACUAUUGAAGAACAGAAAUUUCAACGUGCUCAUGGUUGACGCCGAUGCUGGUGACAAUUUUGGCACGAUGACGAUGGAUUACUUGGACGAGCUUGUUGAGAACAAGGGGCUCAUGAUCGCAGUGUGCACAAAGCACUAUGGCGAGAAGACAGCGUCUCCGUACAGCUCCUUUCAUGAGCUGCGGUAUGCCCAGGAUUAUCAGCUGGACGUUUUACCACUGAAGGUGGCAGAUGUCUAUCCACCGCAGCCCCCAAGUGGCCCCGACCACAAGUACGAUCAGAAGGGAGAGGCCCGGAAGCUCCUUCGGAUGGUCUUGCGGCCCAAUAUCUCCUUCUUCGACUGCUGCAGCUUGAGUGAGCAGGAGAUUGCACUCAAGAUUGCCAACAGACUGUUGGGAAGGGGCCACGGUGUGUCGGGUCACGGCUGA